GGGAGGCGAAUUUGAUAUGGAAUUAAAUUUUGUGAUACAAGAUGCACAAAACAUUAAACACAUGCUGGAACUGCUGGAUCAUUGCCCGCCAAAUCUACAGGCUGAAAUCUGGAGUGUGUUCAUUGCUAUUCUACGCAAGAGCGUGCGCAAUUUGCAGGCAUGCACGGACGUCGGCCUAAUCGAACACGUACUGGUGCGACUGCAGCGCUCCGAAACGGUUGUGGCAGAUUUGCUCAUCGAAAUGUUGGGCGUACUCGCCAGCUACAGCAUCACAGUGAAAGAGCUCAAACUACUCUUUGGCACCAUGAAAGCGGUUAAUGGCAAAUGGCCACGUCACUCUGCCAAACUGCUGAAUGUGUUACGUCAAAUGCCGCAUCGCAAUGGACCCGAUGUAUUUUUCAGUUUCCCUGGACGCAAAGGAUCGGCCAUGGUACUGCCGCCGUUGGCGAAAUGGCCAUACGAAAAUGGCUUUACAUUUACAACGUGGUUUCGUUUGGAUCCUAUUAAUUCGGUGAAUAUCGAGCGCGAGAAGCCCUACCUCUAUUGUUUUAAAACAUCGAAAGGCGUUGGCUAUACAGCUCAUUUUGUUGGCAAUUGUCUGGUGCUUACAUCGAUGAAAGUCAAAGGCAAAGGUUUCCAACAUUGUGUGAAAUAUGAAUUUCAACCGAGAAAGUGGUAUAUGAUUGCCAUAGUGUACAUAUAUAAUCGUUGGACAAAAAGCGAAAUAAAGUGCCUCGUUAAUGGACAAUUGGCGUCCAGUACCGAAAUGGCGUGGUUCGUUUCUACAAACGACCCAUUCGAUAAGUGUUACAUUGGCGCAACGCCCGAACUGGAUGAGGAGCGCGUCUUUUGCGGGCAAAUGUCAGCGAUUUACCUAUUCAGCGAAGCGUUGACAACGCAGCAGAUUUGUGCGAUGCAUCGCCUGGGGCCGGGCUAUAAGUCACAAUUCCGCUUUGACAACGAGUGCUAUUUGAACCUGCCGGACAAUCACAAACGGGUGAGUCAGAACAACAACAACAACACCACCAAUAUCAACAAUAAAUCCACGACGGUGCUGCUAGCCGAACAAGAGGCUCAGGCCAUCGACUGGGCCGAUGAGAAGCUCGAUUUGAGUGCGGCUUUUUCGAAAAUUCGUGCAGUGCUCUCAGCGCGAAAUGCUUCUGCCAAUGCGGUGCUCAAUGCCUUGGGAGGUGUUGUGGUCGAUCAGAUGGCGUCUAGCGGCGCCACUACGUCGGGUACCUCCACAACAUCAACAUCGACAGCGGCGAAUGCCAACAGCGCUAGCGGAAGCCAUGCGGCUGGCGCAAACAACAACAAUCAGUAUGGUAGCGUUGCGGGUGUAGCCGGCGCCAACGAUAACAACAAAAUCAUCUCAGAUCCUUUGUGUCAUUUGCCAACGGGGAACACGUCCUUUGAACAAUUGCGUCGUAUUUCGUCUACUUCCGCUGCUGGUUUGGAGCUUUUGAGGGGAUACUCCACUCAGACCGAAGAAAUUAAUCAGCUUAAAGCUGUACUCUACGAUGGUAAAUUGUCAAAUGCCAUCGUCUUCAUGUACAAUCCAGUGGCAACCGAUGGUCAGCUGUGUUUACAAUCCGCACCCAAAGGAAAUGUUUCAUAUUUUGUACAUACACCGCAUGCACUUAUGUUACAGGACGUUAAGGCUGUAGUUACACACUCAAUACAUUGCACACUAAAUUCCAUUGGUGGCAUUCAGGUGCUGUUUCCAUUAUUCUCGCAACUGGAUAUGGCGCAUGAGGGUAUUAGCGAUAUAAAACGCGAUCCAACGCUAUGUUCGAAACUUUUGGGUUUCAUUUGUGAAUUGGUUGAGACGUCACAAACCGUACAACAACAUAUGAUACAGAAUCGUGGAUUCCUAGUCAUUUCGUUUAUGUUGCAACGCUCGUCACGCGAACAUUUAACUCUAGAAGUUUUGGGUUCAUUCCUGAAUUUAACCAAAUAUUUGGUGACAUGUCUGUCGGCGAAUAGUGAUUUAUUGCUGAAGCAGCUGCUCGAUCAUGUGCUCUUCAAUCCGGCGCUGUGGAUUUAUACGCCGGCCAAUGUGCAGGCACGCCUGUACUCGUACUUGGCCACGGAAUUCCUCAGCGAUACGCAAAUCUACAGCAAUGUGCGACGUGUUAGCACUGUUCUGCAAACGGUGCACACACUGAAAUACUACUAUUGGGUUGUGAAUCCGCGUGCAAAGAGUGGCAUCAUACCAAAGGGAUUGGAUGGUCCACGUCCAGCACAAAAGGAUAUCCUAGCGAUACGCGCUUAUAUUUUAUUGUUUUUGAAACAGUUAAUUAUGAUCGGUAAUGGCGUCAAAGAGGAUGAGUUGCAAAGCAUUUUAAAUUACUUGACGACCAUGCAUGAGGAUGAAAAUCUUCAUGACGUUUUACAAAUGUUAAUUUCGCUUAUGUCUGAGCAUCCCAGCUCCAUGGUACCUGCUUUCGAUGUGAAACAUGGCGUUCGUAGCAUUUUCAAAUUAUUGGCUGCCGAAAGUCAAUUGAUACGCUUACAGGCAUUGAAAUUGCUUGGAUUCUUUUUAUCACGCAGCACACACAAACGAAAAUAUGACGUUAUGUCGCCGCACAACUUAUACACACUAUUAGCGGAACGUUUAUUACUCUACGAGGAAUCGCUAUCCCUGCCAACGUAUAAUGUCCUCUACGAAAUUAUGACAGAGCAUAUAUCACAACAAAUUCUCUAUACCAGACAUCCAGAGCCAGAGAGUCAUUAUCGUUUGGAAAAUCCAAUGAUCCUUAAGGUCGUCGCCACGCUCAUACGCCAAUCCAAACAAACCGAAUCACUAAUCGAGGUGAAAAAACUCUUCCUCUCCGACAUGACGCUUCUGUGCAAUAGCAAUCGCGAGAACCGACGCACAGUACUACAAAUGUCCGUGUGGCAAGAAUGGCUCAUAGCCAUGGCCUAUAUACAUCCGAAGAAUACGGAAGAGCAGAAAAUCUCCGAUAUGGUGUACUCACUUUUCCGCAUGCUAUUGCAUCAUGCGAUUAAACAUGAAUAUGGCGGAUGGCGUGUAUGGGUCGAUACACUAGCCAUCGUUCACUCGAAAGUCUCUUAUGAAGAAUUCAAACUGCAAUUCGCGCAAAUGUACGAACACUACGAGCGCCAACGUACGGACAAUAUUACCGAUCCGGCGCUACGACAAGCGCGUCCCAUCAGCACGAUUAGCGGUUGGGAACGUGAAGAGCAACAGCAGCAGCAACAUCAUCAACACCAUCAACAACACCAACAGCAGCAGCAGCAGCAGUUGGAGCAUACACAUGCGCAUCAUCAACAGCACCAUCGGCAAGCGGCACUACCAGCGCCAGCAGUGCAAGAGGUGCAAGUGAAGGCUGCUGAGUCGGUGGGCUCACUCGAAGAUGUGCCGCCUGUGGAGGAGGAAAUCGAGUGCGAAGAAAUUGAGUCCACAACGCAAGAAGUAGCAGCGUCAACCGGUGUUAGUGAAACAACGAAUUGUGUCUGCGCGUCGGACGACAAAGCAACUGAACCAGAGUUGGUAAAGGAAACACCUGCUGACGAGACGAACGUACACGAAGACUUAACAAAGCCGAAAAUAUCCAACAUAUCCGAUGUGUACAACGAACACAUUAAAUCGGAAGUGAUAGUCACCAGUAUAGUUGAAUCGCCGGCAGUCGCUGUGACCUGCAACGGUAGCGCUUCAUGCUCAUCGACGGCCGCAAGUGCGAACAGUACACCGUCGAAGUCACCGGCGCCUAGCGGCGGUCAGGAAGCAUUCUCACAAACGCUUAAUCUCAAGGCCGAGGAUCUGGAAGAAAUCGAAUUGGCCAACGCAAAGAUCGCUGCUGGUACAACCGAUGAUGCCGAACAUGUGCAACAAGUGCUGCAAAGCUCUGAAAAGGCGUUGCAAGACUGCAAAAUGGUGGCCGAUGAGAUGCAGGAAGCUUCCUCUGUGCUAAAGGAUGAGGAAAUUGAAUUGGCGGUGAAUGAAGUAGUACAAGGUGUGCUCAAGAAUGAGAAGAAGCAAGCGACGAAAGAAGUAGCCACAGAUGAGACACUUGCAACAAACACUGAAACUGCUGAGAAGACCGAAGAGGACAACGUAUCUGUACUGAAUACAAAGAACUUGUUAAAUAACAAUGCUGACAAUGAGGUUGAGACGACAGCAAACAGCAACAGCAGCAACAACAAUAACACAACAGAAGUCAAAGAAGUGAAUGCGAACAAUGAUGCCAAUGAAAAUGAAAACUUACAAACCAACACAACAAACAAUGCCACGGCGGAUUUACACGCCAAGGCGCCUGUUAUUGAGACGCAACAAAAGACUGAAGACAAAAAAAAUGAAGUAACUAACUUAAUUAAUAACAACGCCAAUACUGCCGAGCCUGCUGAAGAGCACAUAACCACAAAAUUAGCAAUCGUUGUUGCCAAGGAACACGACCACGAGCUAAUGGAUGUAAGCUCUUCACUUUCGACAACGGUUGAGACUACCGAGGAAAUCUCCUCACUCAGUCCCGAAACAACAGUAUCAAGUGCAUCCAUUACCGAAGAGAAUCUACUUGGGUUAUCUGAGCCAACACCAGCAGACAGCGAAAACAACAAAGUCGAGACAAUGGUGAAAGACAUUGUCGAUAAACUGAUAGACAAAGUGAUAGAUGCGAGUAGCGUGGAAGAUGUUGCCGCUAAAGAGACAAACAACAAUGAAAUUGUAGAUAAAGCGAAGGAGGAUAAAAGUGAAGAAGAAGCCGUCUCUGAAACGGCCAAAGAAAUUGUGGAAGAUGUGCUUACGUCCGCGCUGAACAAAGCCGCCACAGAGGAUACACCGGUUAAGGAAAACACGCCGCUUGAAGAACAUACAGCAAAAGUGGAAAAUACUACAGAGGAAAAUGUUACGGACAUUGUGCAGACAGUCGUUGAUGAUUUGCUGACACAAACAGUGGACACCGUAGAAAAAACAAAUGAGACGGCGGCGUCACAAGCAGCGCCAACCGUUGAGACAAAAGCGGAAACCGAAACACCAGAAGCGUCGUUAUCAGCGCCAUUAGAAGCAGCAAACGAAAACUCUUUAGUGGCCACAACGCUUCCACCGGUAAAAGAGGUGGACUCAACCACACAAACAACGCCAAAGAAUCAGCCCAAUGAUGGCGCCGUUGAACUUUUGGAUAUGGAAGUAGUGGAAGAGCUGGUCGAGCAGACGGAAGAGGAGACACAAACGACACAUGAAGAGCUGCAAGGAGGUGGCAUGGUUGAGGCGGAAGAAAGGCUAGCGAAGCACACGACUGCCAGCACACAAGUUGAGAAUAAUCAUUUUGAUAACAAGCAUCCACAUCAUCAACAACAACAGCAGCAACAACAGCAACAGCAGCCACAACAACGUUCGAAACCAGGCUCAACGCGCCCAAUGUUUAGUCCUGGUCCAACACGUCCACCCUUUCGCAUACCGGAAUUCAAAUGGUCUUACAUACAUCAGCGGUUGCUAUCCGACGUGCUCUUCUCCCUGGAGACGGACAUACAAGUUUGGCGCAGCCACUCGACAAAAAGUGUUUUGGAUUUUGUGAAUUCGAGUGAGAAUGCCAUUUUUGUGGUAAAUACGGUGCAUCUGAUAUCGCAGUUGGCGGAUAAUUUGAUCAUCGCUUGCGGGGGUUUGCUGCCACUGUUGGCAAGUGCCACAUCGCCUAAUUCUGAACUGGAUGUGCUUGAGCCCACUCAGGGCAUGCCACUAGAGGUGGCCGUCUCCUUUCUGCAACGUCUUGUCAAUAUGGCGGACGUGCUAAUCUUUGCCACUUCGUUGAAUUUUGGCGAACUCGAGGCGGAGAAGAACAUGUCCAGCGGCGGUAUACUGCGUCAAUGUUUGCGUUUGGUGUGCACGUGUGCGGUGCGCAAUUGUUUGGAGUGUAAGGAGCGUACGCGCUACAAUGUGGGCGCAAUGGCGCGCGAUGUACCCGGAGCGGCACAUCUGCAGGCGCUCAUACGUGGCGCACAAGCGUCGCCCAAGAAUAUUGUUGAGUCAAUAACAGGUCAAUUAUCCCCAGUCAAGGAUCCUGAGAAGCUUUUGCAGGAUAUGGAUGUCAAUCGUUUGCGUGCAGUUAUCUAUCGAGAUGUGGAGGAAACCAAACAGGCACAGUUCCUUUCACUCGCCAUCGUUUACUUCAUUUCCGUGCUCAUGGUGUCCAAAUAUCGCGACAUAUUGGAACCGCCAGCGGAACCGCAAAUCCAGCGCCAAUCACCCGUAAUGCAACGUUCUGCAGCCGGCGCACGUACAAUACAAGAUGGGGACUAUGAAAUUAUUGUUGUGGACGAGAGUAAUCCAUCGGUGUUGGCGGAUAAUGAUUCCCACUCAAGUGGACCGCCCUCAAUUAAGAGCGUCGACUCGGAUGUCGGUUCGUUGAACAUGAAUUCCACGGAGAACGAAGUUCCUGAAGUGGAAUCGUCGAGUGAAAUUCUGGCUGAUGACAACAAGCCAACAAACUCGAAUGACGAAAGCUGGACAGAUGUCAAUUUGAAUGAGGAUGCGGGUGUGCAGGCCACCGCAGGUGGUUUAUUAUCGGGUGGUGGCAUGUCAGUGGUGGAUGUGAAAAUGCGUGACAUCGACGGCCUGCAGCAUCAAGCACAUCAACAACAACAAUCACAACAACAACAACAGCAACAACAACAGGCGCCGACAGGACAUGGCCAACCGCAGGGUGCUCAGCUAAUGCAAGCACAUCAUGGCCAUCAGUUGGUGGGUGCGGGUGGUGAACGUGGCGACAAACCCGAUUCGGAAAUAUCGGUUGUACGCGUACCGGACAGUUAUGCAGCAACAUCCGGCGCAUCAGGUGCGGGCGUUGCCACGGCUGCCGGCAAUGUGGGUCAGCGUGGCACACGCUCUGAUGAGCUACAAAUGAAACCACCACUCGUUGGCCAGCUGCCGAUGACAACGCCCUCGCGUGAGGCGAGUCUUACGCAAAAGCUUGAGGUGGCUUUGGGUCCGGUGUGCCCGUUGCUACGUGAAAUUAUGGUCGAUUUUGCGCCGUUCCUCUCAAAAACACUCGUUGGCUCACAUGGUCAAGAGCUGCUGAUGGAGGGUAAGGGCCUAACGACAUUCAAAAACUCGCACUCCGUUGUUGAAUUGGUGAUGUUGUUGUGUUCGCAAGAAUGGCAGAAUAGCCUGCAGAAGCAUGCCGGUCUCGCCUUUAUCGAAUUGAUUAAUGAGGGUCGAUUGUUGUCGCACGCCAUGAAGGAUCACAUUGUGCGUGUCGCCAAUGAAGCUGAAUUCAUAUUGAAUCGUAUGCGUGCUGAUGAUGUGCUCAAGCAUGCCGAUUUCGAGUCACAAUGCGCGCAAACUCUACUGGAGCGGCGCGAGGAGGAGCGCAUGUGCGACCAUCUAAUCACUGCGGCACGCAGACGUGACAAUGUAAUUGCUAGUCGUUUAUUGGAGAAGGUACGCAAUAUUAUGUGCAAUAGACAUGGUGCCUGGGGCGAUGCCAGCGGUACUGUGCAGAAACAAACUUUCUGGAAAUUGGACGCGUGGGAAGACGAUGCGCGUCGACGCAAGCGCAUGGUGCAAAAUCCUCGUGGCUCAUCACACCCUCAGGCUACAUUGAAGGCGGCCAUCGAAAAUGGUGCUCCCGAAGAUGCCAUUUUGCAGACACGUGACGAAUUCCACACACAGAUUGCCGUCUCGCGUGCACACCAGUCCACACAGCAUACAGCUGAUCUCUUGGAUGACGCAGAGCUCUUGAUCGAAGAUCGUGAAUUAGAUCUUGACUUGACUGGACCGGUGAACAUUAGCACUAAAGCGAAACUCAUUGCACCCGGUGUAGUCGCUCCGGGUACUGUGUCCAUCACUAGCACUGAGAUGUUCUUUGAAGUUGACGAGGAUCAUCUCGAGUUCCAAAAGAUCGACCCGGAGGUGUUGAAGUAUUGCGAUCACUUGCAUGGCAAGUGGUAUUUCUCUGAAGUGCGCGCCAUCUUUUCGCGCCGCUAUUUGCUGCAAAAUGUUGCAUUGGAAAUUUUCUUAGCCAGUCGCACCUCUAUACUCUUCGCUUUCCCCGACCAACAUACGGUGAAGAAAGUGAUCAAGGCUUUGCCACGCGUUGGUGUGGGCAUCAAAUAUGGUAUACCGCAAACCCGACGCGCUUCGAUGAUGUCGCCACGUCAACUGAUGCGUAACUCCAACAUGACACAGAAGUGGCAACGACGCGAAAUCUCGAAUUUCGAGUACUUAAUGUUCCUCAACACAAUAGCGGGACGCACCUACAAUGACCUCAAUCAGUACCCGGUUUUCCCAUGGGUACUCACCAACUAUGACACCAAGGAACUGGACUUGAGUUUGCCUUCGAACUAUCGCGAUCUGUCGAAACCGAUUGGUGCGCUAAAUCCCUCUCGACGCGCCUACUUCGAAGAACGCUACGAAAGCUGGGAGAGUGACACAAUACCACCAUUCCACUAUGGCACACACUAUUCGACUUCAAGUUUCACGCUCAAUUGGCUGGUACGCGUUGAACCGUUCACCACCAUGUUCUUGGCUCUGCAAGGCGGUAAAUUCGAUUAUCCCGAUCGUCUAUUCUCCUCCAUUUCCCUUUCGUGGAAAAAUUGUCAACGCGAUACAUCCGACGUUAAAGAACUCAUACCUGAGUGGUACUUCCUGCCAGAAAUGUUCUACAACUCAUCCAGUUAUCGGCUAGGGCAUCGCGAAGAUGGCACACUCGUCAACGAUGUCGAGCUGCCGCCCUGGUCUAAGAGUCCCGAAGAAUUUGUGCGCAUCAAUCGCAUGGCUUUGGAAUCUGAAUUCGUUUCGUGCCAAUUGCAUCAAUGGAUUGAUCUGAUUUUCGGCUACAAGCAACGUGGGCCCGAAGCUAUACGCGCGACCAACGUAUUCUACUACUUAACCUAUGAAGGUAGUGUGGAUUUGGAUGCAAUUAAUGAUCCCGUUAUGCGUGAGGCAGUAGAGAAUCAAAUACGUAACUUCGGCCAAACACCCAGCCAACUCUUGAUGGAACCACAUCCACCACGCAGUUCGGCGAUGCAUCUAUCGCCCAUGAUGUUCAGUGCAAUGCCCGAUGAUCUUUGCAUGUCGCUAAAAUUCUACCAGAACUCACCCAUAAUACACAUCUCUGCCAACACCUACCCACAAUUGUCAUUGCCGUCGGUAGUGACCGUAACUGCGGGCCAUCAGUUUGCUGUAAAUCGCUGGAAUUGCAAUUACACCGCAUCCGUCCAGAGUCCCAGCUACGCAGAAUCACCGCAAUCGCCUGGCUCUAAUCUGCCGUUGACCAUCGACCCAGUGUUGUCUGCACAAAAUACAGGUCACAACAACCCAAUGAACCGUCGUCAUUUGGGUGAUAAUUUCAGUCAAAUGCUGAAGAUCCGCUCCAAUUGCUUUGUAACAACUGUAGACAGUCGUUUUCUGAUUGCUUGCGGUUUCUGGGAUAACAGCUUCCGCGUAUUUGCCACCGAAACUGCUAAAAUCGUGCAAAUAGUAUUCGGUCAUUUCGGUGUUGUCACCUGUUUGGCGCGCUCCGAAUGCAACAUUACUUCGGAUUGUUAUAUCGCCUCGGGUUCGGCAGACUGCACAGUGCUGCUGUGGCACUGGAAUGCUCGCACUCAGAGUAUUGUCGGUGAGGGUGAUGUGCCAACGCCGCGUGCAACUUUGACAGGACAUGAACAAGCUGUGACUUCGGUUGUGAUUAGCGCUGAGCUGGGCUUAGUCGUCUCGGGAUCGACAAACGGUCCGGUACUGAUACAUACCACAUUUGGUGACCUCCUGCGUUCGCUUGAUCCGCCUAUGGAUUUCUAUUCACCUGAGUUGAUUGCCAUGUCUCGUGAGGGCUUCAUUGUUGUCAAUUAUGAUAAGGGAAAUGUGGCUGCGUACACCAUCAACGGCAAAAAGUUACGGCACGAGACGCACAAUGAUAACCUACAGUGCAUGCUGCUUUCGCGUGAUGGUGAAUAUCUGAUGACCGCUGGCGAUCGCGGCAUAGUGGAAGUUUGGCGGACUUUUAAUCUGGCGCCUUUAUAUGCCUUCCCUGCUUGUAAUGCGGCGAUUCGCUCACUGGCGUUGACACACGAUCAAAAAUACCUCCUUGCUGGACUCUCCACCGGUUCCAUCAUUGUCUUUCAUAUUGACUUCAACCGCUGGCAUCACGAAUACCAACAACGUUACUAGAUGCUGAAGAGAUGAUAUAAAUCGUUCUAAUAAUCACUGAAAUUAACAAAACAAAAAAGCAGCAACACGCAAAUUUCUUCAAUUCCAAACCUGACGUAACAGAAGUGCAGCAAGCCAUCACGCGCUGCUGCGCACAACAAACAAAAACAUAGAUGACGUUAUACCAACAACAAUUGUGGAUAAAAUAAGGCCAAAUUGCAAAUAAGCAGGACUUAAAAUGUUAAAGAAGUUAGUUUAAAAAAAUUAAAACAAAAUUAUAAAAAAAAAAAAACAAAAACAAAAUUAAAAAAGACACAAUAAACACGUAAGCCGUUUAUUUAGAUACAAAAUGGAAGAGUAAUAAAUUAAAAAAAUAGUAGUAUUGGCUUUGAGUUUUGAACCGAAAUACCGGCACGCAGGUUCUAACGAACCAAAAAAUUCUUUCAUUAUUAUUAUUACUAGAUUUUCUUAGGCUAGGAGCAAAUUAUUGUUUUUUUGUUGUUGCAAAUUUUUUACAUAGGAUUACACAGCCAAGAAAUACAUAGAAAUAGUGGGCUAGACCAAUACAUUGCUACGAAUAGUUGAACACGAUGAUGAAAAAAAUUAAAAGUAAUAAACAAAAUGAAUUAAUUAAGUAAAAAAAGUAAAUAAAAGUUGCGCUGAAAUUUCUUAACUUAGUAAUUAAUAGGGUUAAGAAAGAUUUUUUUUAAUUAACGCCGAUUAAAAUUUAUGAAAAACAAAAAAAUUAGAAACAAAGUUAAAUAGUUUUAGUGACUCCCAGAAGAGUUAUUACUUCAAAGAAAACAAAAAACACAAAAAAAAACAACAACAAAAACAAAGACGUAACUAAGCGGCCAAAAGAGAAAGUGCAACGUACUUAACUCAGUGUUUGUUUUUUUUUUUCUAUUUUUCUUUCUCUCUUAAAGCGAAAAAAUUUGCUUAAAAGAAAUGUACUUAAGAAAAAACCAAGAACCAGAAAACAAAAAACACAAGAAACGAAGAUAUUUCAAUCACUUAACAGUUUGACUAGCAAAGUUGGGCACUCACACAAAAACGCAUAGAAUUAUUAGUAGGCGGGUUAAAAAAAAUAUACGAGUAUAUAUAAAGAUACGCAUAUUUCAGGCUUUCAAGAACCAAAACUAACAAAGAAUUUUACUUAUUACGCCACGGCAAUACGGAAAACUUAGAAAGCCACAUAUAUUUGGACAUAUGCCAGUAGGUGCGGAAUUUUCUAAGCAAGGCGCUGAGGCACAAGACGACGAAAGAAAUGGGUUUUAAAAUUAAAAUAUGUGUUUGUUAAGGAACAAUUAAUUUUAACUCCUGUUAAACAAAGAGUGAAGGUGAACAAAGAAGUGAAGCGAAAAAGAAGUGAAAGAGUUGCAGGGAAUAGUGCAAGGCGGCAAAGGCGAAAAGAAAGUAGGUAUUUGAAAGCAGAAAGGGAAACAAGAAAAGGCACAGAAACAAUGCAAUUGGGCUUAAGGCAGUGCAUGUUUCAAGCAAUAAGUACCCAUACGUACACACACACAUACAUGCAAGCAUGCAUGGGUAAGUCACACCAUUUAGUUGCGCGGCGGCAUGUACGUGUGUGUGUGUGUGCAUAUACAUAUAUAUCCCACAUAUUUGUGUGCAUGCAUGCAUGCAUGUGUGUGUGUGUGUGGUAUGCAUGCGUUGUAAUGCGUUAAUUUCCUUGCAGCAAAGUGAAAACAAGAACAAAAACCACCCUCACAACUAGAAGAAAGAACCACUUAUUAUGUACAAUACUUAUAUAUUCUGUGUAUGUUGUCUGUAUAAAUUUACAUAUGUGUAUGUGUGAAGUAAACAAAAAAAAAUUAAACAAAGGUAUUUUAAUAAAAUUUUAUUGCGUCCAAUUAAAAGAAAAACAAAACGAGUGUACGAUAAAGUUUGUAUUCAUGUAAAACACACUCACUCACACUAACGCACUCGCACACACACUCACAAAUAUCAUCACCUAACAAUCUUUCGUCCAACAGUUUCCGUAAGCUCCUCAUUUUUUGUUGAUUGUUGUAUAUUUGGUCGUGCGUAAAUUUGUGUGUGUGUGUGUUGCUUUACCACUACAA